CAAGAUUCAAGAUGUAUCGUUUCUGCUUUGUCCUAACUCUCUGUGUCUAUGGCGUGCUUGGAAUGUUGGAAGGUAGAAAUCUUCGUCUAUUAUUUUGAGCUUUUUACAUUUCCUCCGCAAUAUGAGAGUCGGUAAUCGUACGAUCUUGCUUAGCUGUUCUUAAAUAAUGCUUUCCCAACACUAUCAUGUGUAUUUUUUAUUUAAGUUAAAACAUGGUUGGAGCAUUAUAAAGGGAUGGCCGGCUAUACGAAUGGCACUUACUAGGAACAGUUUAGAAUUGAUAGAGUUAUCCAGUAUAAAUAAAGUUAGUUUUGUUUAGGUUUCUUCCUGUAGUAACACUGGAUCAAUAAGAGAUGAUCCUUACUGGAUCUCUAGGAAGAACAGUUUAGAACUGAUAGAGCUAUCCAGUAUAAAUAAAGUUAGUUUAGUUUAGGUUUCCUCCUGCAGUAACACUGGAUCAAUAAGAGAUGAUCCUUACUGGACCUCUAGGAAGAACAGUUUAGAACUGAUAGAACUAUCCAGUACAGUUUAGAACUGAUAGGGAGCUAUAUAGUAUAAAUUAAGUUAGCUUAGUUCAGUACUUACGUAAGUUUGAAAGUACAAGCAUUUCUUCCAUAUAAAUGAUAUAAUUAUGAAAUUCCACAGCCUAAAUGAAAGAAUAGAGUCAUUAGAAUUUAUUCCAUAUAUAUUCUAGAAUAUUAUUGAACAGUCCCUGUUUUUCUACAACACAUCAACUCGAAAUCAAAUUGUUUAUGUUUUCGUUAAAUAUAGAUUUUGAUGAUUGGCAAUAUGAUACUGGCCGUCCAUCAACUAACAAUCAAGGCGGAGAUUGUAAGGAAAAUACCAUAUAUAUAGUCCUAGUGUACCUCUAGAGAGAGAACAGUUUAGAACUGAUAGAACCAUCCAGUAUAACUAGAGUUAGUUUAGUUUAGGUUUCCUCCUGUAGUAACACUGGAUCAUUCAGAGAUGAUCCUUACUGGACAUCAAAGGAGAACAGUUUAGAACCGAUAGAGCUAUCAAGUAUAAAUAAAAUUAGUUUAGGUUUCCUCCUGUAGUAACACUGGAUCAAUAAGAGAUGAUCCUUACUGGACCUCUAGGAAGAACAGUUUAGAACUGAUAGAGCUAUCAAGUAUAAAUAAAGUUAGUUUAGUUUAGGUUUCCUUCUGUAGUAACAAUGAAUUAAUAAAACAUGACCCUUACUGGAUCAACAGGGAGAACAGUUUCGAACUGAUAGAGCUAUUCAGUGUAAAUAACGUUAGUUUAGUUUAGUUUAGUUUAGGUUUCCUCCUGUAGUAACAAUUGGAUCAAUAAGAGAUGAUCCUUACUGGAACUCUAGGAAGAACAGUUUCGAACUGAGAUCACGUACAAUCAAGAUAUUUUCUCUGUUUUUAGCCAAAUGUAAGAAAGAUCUCCUGCUGAUUGUCGACACAUCUUAUAGUGUUGGGGAAGGCGAUUUUAACGCUAACGUCAAACCAUUUUUAAAAAAUCUCGUCACGGCUUCAAGCUUGAAUGUCGGCCCAGACGGAACACAAAUCGGGCUUAUGUUGUUCGCCAGCAAAGACAAGACAGAGGUGAAGUUGAAUAUUGGACAAAAGAAAGACGCAAGAGAGUUGGGGAAAUAUAUGACAAAUUUAAACUGGAAUACGGUUAAAGGAGACCGGACCAGAACCGAGUUGGCAUUAGAGAAAGCUCUAAAGGUGAGAAUAUAUUGAUCGAAUUGUUUAUUGUAGCUUGUUGUUGUUGUUGUUGUUGUUGUUGUUGCUGCUGUUCUUGUUGUUGCUGUUGUUGUUGUUGUUGUUGUUGCUGCUGCUGUUGUUGUUGUUGCUGUUGUUGUUGUUGUUGCUGCUGUUGCUGCUGUUGUUGUUGUUGUUGUUGUUGUUGUUGUUGUUGUUGUUGUUGUUGUUGUUGUUGUUGUUGUUGUUGUUGUUGUAGUUGUUGUUGUUGUUGCUGUUGUCGUUGUUGUCGUUGUUGCUGUUGUUGUUGUUGCUGUUGUUGUUGUUGAGCAAGGCAUUGUUGUGAUGAUGGCAACAUUUUACACAAUAUAUACCUUUCAGACGGCGAUAGAAAUAAAUUUCUAUUUGUUUUCGUUGGGUGUACGUCGCCUUCUGUCCACUUUUCAGAUUGUUUUUGCACCAACAUGGCCUCUGAUAUCUUCUUGUUUUGAAGAAUGUCUGAGAUAA